CUGCAGCGGGGCGUGGGGCUGCUCUCGGCCGCGGCGGCGGGGACGGCGGCAGCCGGCGGGGUCCGCGUUGGCCGCCGGCGGGGACCCAGUGCUGCCCCGCCGCGCCCGUCCGCCCCAUCGCACGCUGUUGUCAUGGAGGAGCCAAGAUGGCGGCGCUGGCCUACACUGGGGGCAAGCGGGAGAUCAACUACUACUUCAGCGUGAGGAGCGCCAAGGCGCUGGCGCUGGGCGCCGUCCUGCUCCUCACCGCCUGCCACGCCGCCUCCCGCCGCUAUCGAGGUGGCGAUACAUGUGAGUAUCUUCUGUCCAGUGGGAGAUUUCUUGGAGAAAAAGUAUGGCAACCUCACAGUUGUAUGAUGCAUAAGUAUAAAAAUAGUGAAGCAAAAAGUUGCCUCAUAGACAAACAUAUUGUGUUCAUAGGAGAUUCUAGAAUUCGACAGCUGUUUUAUUCAUUUAUAAAACUCAUAAAUCCUCAAGUCAAAGAAGAGGGAAAUAAGCAUGGAAAUAUCCCAUUUGAAGAUAAGUCUGCUUCAAUUAAAGUGGAUUUUCUAUGGUAUCCAGAAGUUAAUGGCUCUAUGAGGCAACGUAUCAAAUCUUGGACUGAGGGUUCUGUGGCAAAACCUCAUAUAAUUGUAGUAGGAGCUGCCACGUGGUCUAUCAAGAUUCACAAUGGCAGCAACGAAGCCCUUGCACAAUAUAAAAUCAAUAUCACUUCAAUUGCACCUCUUUUGGAAAAAUUAGCAAAAAGUAGUGAUGUUUACUGGGUCUUACAAGAUCCUGUUUAUGAAGAUAUGCUGAGUGAAAGUCGGAAAAUGAUCACUAAUGAGAAAAUAGAUGCUUAUAAUGAAGCAGCUGUUCGUAUUCUAAACAGCAGCUCCCGAAAUUCCAAAGCUAAAGUUAAAGUGUUCAGUGUAUCAAAAUUGAUAGCACAAGAAACUAUCAUGAAGUCUGCAGAUGGCCUGCAUCUCCCUGAAUCAAGCAGAGAUACAAAUGCAAUGAUUCUUAUGAAUGUCUACUGCAAUAAGAUAAUGAAGCCCAUUGAUGGCUCCUGCUGCCAGCCUCAGCCUCCUCUCACUCUGAUACAGAAGAUGGCUUUCUGUUUUUUUACUUUGUCCAUUAUUGGAUAUUUAAUUAUCAGUUUAAUUCAUCGGAAUAAUUACCGGAAGAACAAAUCAUGCACUGAUUUGGAAAGCGGAGAGGAGAAGAAACCUUCCAUCAGCACGCCUAACGUUUCUACUUUAGAGAUGCUUCUACACUGCUUUUGCAAACUUGGUCUAAUCAUGACCUAUUUUUAUCUGUGUGACAGAGCAAAUCUUUUCAUGAAGGAAAAUAAAUUUUACACACAUUCAUCUUUCUUCAUACCAAUCGUCUAUAUCUUGGUUUUGGGGGUAUUUUAUACUGAAAACACCAAAGAGACUAAAGUGUUAAAUAGAGAACAGACUGAUGAAUGGAAGGGCUGGAUGCAACUUGUUAUUUUGAUUUAUCAUAUCUCUGGAGCAAGCACUUUUUUGCCUGUGUACAUGCACAUUCGAGUUCUGGUUGCUGCGUAUCUGUUCCAAACAGGUUAUGGGCACUUCUCAUAUUUUUGGAUAAAAGGAGACUUUGGUGUAUACAGAGUGUGUCAGGUUUUAUUUCGUCUCAAUUUCUUGGUUGUGGUACUGUGCAUAGUGAUGGACCGACCUUACCAGUUCUACUACUUUGUGCCAUUAGUCACUGUUUGGUUUAUGAUCAUUUAUGCCACCUUAGCUCUAUGGCCUCAGAUUGUCCAGAAGAAAGCAAAUGGGAACUGCCUAUGGCACUUUGGUUUACUGCUGAAACUGAUAUGCUUACUGACAUGUAUAUAUUUUCUGUCAUAUUCUCAGGGUACAUUUGAGAAGAUAUUUUCAUUUUGGCCAUUGUCCAAGUGCUUUGAACUGAAUGGGAAUGUCUAUGAAUGGUGGUUUAGGUGGAAGCUGGAUCGCUAUGUGGUUUUUCAUGGGAUGCUGUUUGCUUUUAUUUAUCUGGCAUUGCAGAAACGUCAGAUGAUAUCAGAAGGAAAAGGAGAUCCUCUUUUCUCCAACAGAGUUUCAAAUGUUUUAUUAUUUAUUUCAGUUGUCUCCUUUUUGACCUACUCUAUUUGGGCUAGUAGCUGUAAAAACAAGACAGAGUGCAAUGAGCUACAUCCUUCUGUUUCUGUGGUGCAGAUUUUAGCUUUCAUCCUCAUCAGGAACAUUCCUGGAUAUGUCCGAUCUGUGUACAGCUCCUUCUUUGCCUGGUUUGGCAAAAUUUCUUUAGAGCUUUUCAUUUGCCAAUACCAUAUUUGGCUGGCAGCAGACACAAAGGGGAUCUUGGUGCUCAUUCCUGGAUAUCCAAUGUUUAAUGUUCUUGUCAGCACUUUUAUAUUUGUGUGUGUGGCACAUGAAAUUUCUCAGAUCACGAAUGAUCUAGCACAGAUUGUGGUUCCUAAAGAUAACUCAACUCUGCUGAAAAGGUUGCUAUGCAUAGCUGGAUUUUUUUCUGGACUACACCUCUUCUCAGCAAUUCAAGAUCAGUCAAGGCAUUAACUUGGAAACUUUCUUCAGGUUUACUGUUUGUGUGCCUGAACAAAAAUUCUCAACUGGAGGUACAAGAAGACAUUUAAAUUAAGCGUGUGGAAAAUGUAUAUAGCGCAAAUGUACAUAUUUUGUGUGGAAAUAGCCUUCUCAAAUAAUCUGAGAAACAAGAGUGCACUGUACAGAAUUGCAUGUGAAAAUGAGUCUUUUCUACUGGAUGUAUGUUUCUGUUUACAUAUCUGUUUAAACGUGACACGAAGAAGUGAGGUGGUUUAGCAGCACCCUGGGCGUCUCACGGGACUGAGCCGGCACUGUGGGAGCCGAGUGAAGAGCGGGUGUUCCGGGCGCACGGCCCACACGUCCCACGUGCUGCCAUCAUUCCCAGCAGGAACAAAACUGAGCAAACCUGUGAUCCUUCGGAAUGGCCCCUUCUGGCUGAUGUGAAACCAGGGCAUUUUUCUGAACAAAAGGGUAAUUUUUUGUUUAGAAAUCAGUAUUUCGGGUGGAAAUAGUACAUAUUAUAUGCAACCCUUUAUAAAUGGAAAUAAAAACUAAUCAUCAGUUGAGUGAUUGAAGAUUAUAUACAAGUUUACGUAAUAUUUUAUGGGAGUUUUUUUAGAAAUUUAAGAUGUUUUCACAAAUAUGGUGAAUUCUGAGAUUAAAUUUUUUUAUAAAGAAAAUUUGAUUUUCCCCCCCCCCUAAAAUUGAUAAUCCAUAAAUUUUACACUAAUUCAUCUAAUUGUGUGUAAUUCCCUGUACAACCCCCAUGAACAAACAGAUGAAUAAUUUUCAGAGACUGAGUUCAAGAUGGAGAAUUUUUGGAACACCUUUUUAGCUGAAAUCACAUCAUAUGCACUCCAUCAGAUCUUAAGGAAAUUGGAGAACAGGGAGAUGGUGAUCACUGAAGCUUUCACUGAGUUUGUAGGUGACCUUGAACUAGGUCUCAUUAGGGAACUGGUGCCAUAUUCUAUCCAGUAAUAAUAUUUUCAUUUAAAAGGAUGCAAGUCAAGGAUGCAAGCCACUCUGUUGGUAUGAGGAGAAGGUACUGAGUGGUCAUCUUUGUUCCAUGCAGAUGGCUGAAUCUCAGAAUUACAAGUGAAAUGAGAUUGCAGCUGUUUGGAGGAACCUUUUUUCCCGUCCUUUUUAGCAGUGCCCAUCUUUCUUAUUAACUCUUUUCUUUAGAAAAAAACCCUAAAAUUAAAAGAAAUAGUCCUUCAGUGUGGCAGUGACAUGCUGUUGUUUACAUUCUACUUAUCAGUGAAGUUAUGGACAUUUCUUCCUGUUUGUGGGUUUGAUUCAAGUAAUAGUUUGACCUUUAGUUGCUUUUUCAUUUUAUUCUUCUCCUGAUUAUUUGUUAGCAGUCAAAAAACAUGAGCACAGUAUUAUUUUCCAAGCAUGUGUGCAAUUAUGUAUGAUUAUAAACAACAUGAGUCCUAAUUUGUACCAUAUUUACCAUCCCAUGCAUGUUCUUGAUCUUAUUCCAGGUAAAACAUUGAAUUCAAACUUGCAGCCAUGAACGAGUGCAAAAGAAAAUUUGUGAGAAUGGCUUCAACUUUUUUCUUUUUUUUUUUUGGUGGAGAACAGUUUUCUUUUAAAACUGUUUUAACAGUUUUCAUCAUAAAAACACUAAAAAUCAAUCAUUCACUUGCCCCAAAUUCAGCAGUUUUGCUAAGCCUGCCAGCUAUUUUAAAGCUAUUGGAAAGAUACUCAGCUGUUUGUUCUGUGUGUGCAUUACUCCUGAUGUUUGGGAAGUUAAACCUCCUCAAAAAAUACCUAUGAGUGACUGAAGGAAAGGGUGUAGGUGAACACCGUAGACAGGGAUAGCAUGCAUAACCUUCAUCUAUGCCAGUAUUUUGAGCAACAGGAACUGUGAGUUUGAGGGAUAACUUUUGUUUUGUUCUUCACAACUUAAGUAUUGUAGAUAUAAUUCUAUUUAUCUGUUGUACAGACUUGGUUAAAAGAUUUAUUUUUAAUGUUUGAAAUAAUGCACUUGUUUACUAUUACUGUAUGUGGGAUAAAUAUAUUUUCUUUUCAGGUUAUGUAAAAAUAUGAAGUAAUUUAAACAUUAAAUAAAUGUGCUGUGGAUGCUUA